AUACAGAAGCACUGUGUCUACUCCUUUUUCCGGUCAUCUGCGUGCCAGGCAACAUGCCUCUUGCCAAGGAUUUGCUGCAUCCGUCACCAACGGAGGAGAAGAGGAAACACAAAUUGAAAAGACUUGUGCAACAUCCUAAUUCUUACUUCAUGGAUGUAAAAUGCCCAGGAUGUUUCAAGAUCACGACAGUAUUUAGUCAUGCGCAGAGUGUUGUAGUCUGUGCUGGCUGUUCGACAAUACUGUGUCAACCCACAGGAGGGAGGGCGAGAUUAACAGAAGGUUGUUCGUUUAGAAGAAAACAACACUAAGGCUGAAGAGGAUACUUCAAAUGCAGCCUCUUUCACUUUUCCAGAGUGUGAUGUUGUGUACAAAUGUUGGAUAUUUCAUGGAUUGUGUGAAUUUCUUUUAAUAAAGGCUAAUCAAAGGA